CAUUCACCCAGAAAACGUCUCGUGCAAGCAAAUAUUAUUAAAACCAUCAACCAUCAUGCACUGAAAAACUAUAAAUACUAAAUUUGUAGAUUCGUGCUUCGUUACAGAAGGUUUUCCAUGUCAUAGAAAAGCAAAAGAAGGUUCCAUUUAUAAAAAAAAUAAAAUAAAAUAAAAAAACCUUUUAUCAUAUAUUUGGUUAGACAAAAAAUAUGUAUGGAUCGUUCCUGACAGUCUUCAUGCUAUGUGCCCUAAUCAAGGGAACAACAGCACUGCCCAACCUGGAAAUUGAACAUUUGAACAACCUCUGGAUUUCACUUCUCUAAUGCUCACUUGGAGGGGACAUCAAAGAGGUUUGCCCACUGGUGAAAUGGGUGGGCACUUGUAGGGAGGCUGGGUGACUGCACUAAAUUAUGCUUUAAAGGAGUCACCUCAUUUCGGUCACCUUCAUCAAAGCAGGAUCUAAAGUCAUCUGCAGUGAAAAUAGAACAGGUGGGAGGAGCAGUUGGUCGAGUGAGCAAAUAGAGAGAUUAACUAUUUACAAGAUCUAAUAUAUAAUAAUAUAUAAUAUAACUAUGUACAAGAAUAUUACUGAGUGGGGCUGCCAUUUUGAUUUUACGGGGUUACGCUAGCCUUUUCUGUUGAGCUGAUGUUGAUCUGGGUCUGUCAGCAGUCAGCACGCAGUACAGGUGACAGGUGUGGCCUUGUAUGAGGACGGUCACUUUGUGGGUCUGGAGGAUGGAGGGAAGAUCCUACCAAGGGAGUGGAAGAGGAAACAGAAGACGAGUGCAGUCAGAUGAUGGCUGUUUGAAAAGACUCCACAGCGAGGCAGCACCAUGGAUCAGAUGGUGGAGAGAGAGAGAGAGAGAGAGGUUGCAGAUGUUGUGGUGGGAGUUGAGUAAGGGCGUGGGCACCAAUGGGAGGAGGUCCAGAGGAGAGAGGAAGUGUGAAUUAAACAAACUGCCCAGCAUUACAGUGGGAUGCAUCUGCUGCCACAGUCUCGUUGCCAAAGUCUGGAAGAUUUUUAAUCUCGCACAGGCCCAUGGUACUGAGCCUUGAAGAAGGAAGUGCACCCAGCUUGCUGCGGCAGAAGCAGGGAAAUGUGACACAGUAUCUUCCCCUGCUGGACACUUUGGUGAUAACAGAGAAAGGGGCGCAGCUCGAGCUUCAAGACCCAGACGCCCAGGUGAAACUGCUUCUCCAGGUGUGUGCCAUCAAUGAUGGAACAGUUAGGGUUACUAUUGAUGAACUCAACCCAAUUAGAGAACGCUACAAGGUUCCAGAUGUUCUGAGUGGACAGCCUGUCUGUGAGCGGUUAAAAGUGGUCGGGAGGGAAAAGGGCUCCCUGACUCUGGGCUGGGGUUCGGGUCAGUACCAGUUCCGGGUCAGCGACAGUCCCUUUCUGCUGGAGGUGUUGUGUGAGGAUGAGGUGACCGUCACACUCAACCCAAAUGGUCGGCUGUACUUUGAGACACUCCAGAAUCCACCCAAGCCAGGCCUGUCCACAGAGCCAAAUGAGCAGGACGGGGACCACAUGGGAUUGUGGAAGGAGACCUUUAAACAGUUUGUGGACAUCAAGGCAAAUGGUCCGAGCUCGGUUGGCCUGGACUUCACCCUCCACGGCUUCUCCCAUGUGUACGGUCUCCCGGAGCACGCAGACACCUUCCAGCUGAAGGACACCAGAGAUGGCGAAGCCUACCGCCUGUACAACCUGGACGUGUUUGGCUAUGACAUCCACAGCCGGUUGGGUCUGUACGGUUCGGUUCCGCUCCUUCUGGCCCACAAGCCCAAAAGAAGCAUCGGGGUUUUCUGGCUCAACGCGUCCGAGACGCUGCUGGACAUCCGGACCUCUGGGGACGGUCCCCCGGCCACAGGGGAGGGGGCCAGCCCACCUCCAGUGAAGAAGAGGAGGGUGUCUGCCCACACUGACCUGCACUGGAUGUCAGAGAGUGGUGUGAUUGACACCUUCAUCUUGCUAGGCCCCUCCCCAUCCCAGGCCUUCUGUCAGUAUGCAGAACUAACAGGAUACCAGGCCAUGCCCCCCUUGUUCUCCCUGGGUUACCACCAGUGCCGCUGGAACUACGUGGACGAAGCCGACGUGGAGGAAGUGGACGCUGGGUUUGACCUCCACUCCAUCCCUUAUGAUGUCAUCUGGCUGGACAUCGAGCACACGGACGGGAAGCGCUACUUCACCUGGGACCCAAAGCGCUUCCCCGACCCCGUGAGCCUACAGCACCACCUAGAGGAGAGAAACAGAAAACUGGUGGUCAUCAGCGACCCUCACUUCAAGAUGGACGCCCUCUGGCCCCUGUACUGCGAGGCCAGGCAGGGCGGCCAUUUUGUGAAGGACAGAACGGGAGAGCUGUACCAGGGGUCCUGCUGGCCAGGUGAUUCCUGUUAUGUGGACUUUAGCAAUCCUAAGACCCGGGCAUGGUAUUCCAGCCUGUUUGCUCUGGAUAAGUACAAGGGCUCCACGCAAUUUCUGUUUGUGUGGAACGACAUGAACGAGCCGUCCGUGUUCAACGGGCCCGAGCAGACCAUGCCCAAAGACGCAGUGCAUGCUGGGGGCUGGGAGCACCGGGAGUUGCACAACCUGUACGGAUUCUAUCAGCACUUGGCCACAGUGGAGGGUCUGCUGGCUCGGUCUGGGGGCACGGAGAGGCCCUUUGUCCUGUCACGCUCCUUCUUCGCCGGGUCCCAGAGGCUGGGUGCGGUGUGGACGGGCGACAAUCUGGCAACCUGGGAGUACCUGAAGAUUUCCAUCCCCAUGCUCCUGUCCCUGAGCAUCACGGGCGUGGCCUUCUGUGGAGCGGACGUGGGCGGGUUCUUCCAGGACCCGGAGCCGGAGCUGCUGGUGCGCUGGUACCAGGCGGGGGCGCUGCAGCCCUUCUUCCGCGGCCACUCCGCCAUACAGACCAAGCGGCGGGAGCCCUGGCUGUUCGGGGACGCCGUCACCGCGGCGAUACGCUCUGCCGUCCAGCAGCGGUACCGCCUGCUGCCCUACUGGUACACGCUGUUCUACCACGCCCACACCACGGCUCGGCCCCCGCUCAGGCCGCUGUGGGUGGAGUUCCCCAGGGAGCAGUGCACCUUUGCCGUGGAGCACCAGUACAUGAUAGGAAGUGCUUUGCUGGCAUGUCCAGUGACUGACCCUGGAGCCACAGAGGUCAAGGUUUUACUUCCGGGAACUGGUGAGAGCUGGUAUGAUGUGAGCACUGCUCAGGUCUUCAGAGGUGGCAGGACUGUGAGCUUCCCUGUGACUCUGGACACUGUCCCCCUGUUUCAGCAUGGGGGCGCGGUGGUCAGCCGGAGGACGGAGUCUGGAUCCUGCACAGCCGACCUGCAGAAGCUCCCCUUCACUCUCACUGUCGCCCUGGACUUGCAGGGCUGCGCAGAGGGGGACCUGUACCUGGAUGACGGAUACUCCUUCAACUUCCGGGACAGGAAGCAGUUUGCUCUGCGCCGUUUUUCCCUGGAGCGGGGUCGUCUGCUGAAUCGCUGCGCAGACGACAGGGGGAAGUAUGAUGCAGAGUGCUCUGUGCAGUCCGUCCGCUUCCUGGGGGUGAAGAAGAAGCCGUCUGCAGUGACUGCGCAGAUCUCAGGUCUCCUGAAGGAUUGCACUGAGGUCCAGUACCAAGCAGCGAGCAACAUGCUGACAGUGGGGGGCCUGGAUCUGGAUGUAGAAAAGGACUGGGAAAUUAGGAUCCUCUAGAAACUCAUUUUCCCAGCAUGCACUGCACACAAUGCAACAUGCACUGUGUAUUGUUCUGGAAUCCAGCCGACACAAAACCUUCUCACAAUGUUGCUGCAAUGUAGUGGCAAUGUGAUAACAUUGACAAAACAAUCCA